CAGGGCGCUGCGCCAAUUGCGCUGCGCUGCGCAGCUGCGCGUGAUUCCGCCCCGCAGCAAUGUUUCAACAGAAUGCGAUAGUGUCGUCUUCGGGGUCGGAUGUCUUGACGAUCAGCGACUCUGACGGGACGGAUCAUGAGUUUCGCAUCACAGAGACCAUACGGGUGAGUGCACAGACAAACAUCUGCAGGCAGGCAGGCAGGCAGGCAGGCAGGCGAGCAAGCAAACAUGUCUCGGAUCUCGCGUGUGGUUGUGAUGUAUAUAGAAUAGAGGAGGUAUCCGACACCAGGCUAUCUGGACCAGGACCAAGAAACUCGUGACCAAGACCAAGGAACUCGUGACCAAGACCAUUGGCAAGGAACUCGUGACACUAAGCGAAUGGGCCACGGCGGACAAAGAUGCGGCCUUGGUGAAGGAGGGAGGGAGGGAGGGAGGGAGGCAAGUGCUGCUGUACAGCCAUGCAACCAAAUGUUUGGUGUUCUUCUGCAGCGGUUGCUCUCGCGCUUGAGCAUGUUGGAGAACGGUACCAGGAAUGUAGUCAACAUCAGACACAUAUUCAUGAAGCAUGGCGUACCCACCCACGCCGUCAUGGAACGGACGACCCCAUGGUACGGCUGGCUUCGCUGCGUGCGUGUGCGGUGCCCUUUCUCACGUCAGGGACGUUGUGUGGGUGCGUGUGUGGGUGCGUCUUUGGACAGGUUGAGUCUUCCAUCGAAGAAAUUCAUUUCAGAUGUGCGAGUGGUCGCCAACAUCGUCGGGCCAGUUGUGGACGUCGCUGUCGAAAUGGAUACCCUGUGAGCAGGCAGAAUGGGCAUCCAUUCUACCCAUCUGGCAUGCGGAUUCGGUUGUUUCGCAGGGGAGUGGUGCAUCCUGAGAUCUGUGUGGAGAACCUUUCGCUGGCCAAGGUUGGCUCGCGCGCAGUCGCGAAGCUCGCUGGACUCGAGAAUGUCCAGGAGAGCCCGAUGUAAGACGAGACAACAGACACACGCCGACAGACACUACAGCAGCCUGUCGGUGGGUCUGUGGCUGCCUGCAGCAAGGCGACCAGUUGCACGUGCCUCUACGCAUCACCCGAAGAGCUCUCUGGCAGGCUGGUCACUCCGGCCAUUCACAUAUGGCGAAUGGGUAAGCAAAUCAGACAGCACAUGCCAUUGGCAUCCGUCCAUCAAGCAUGACCUUCUGUCCGUUCGUGUGGUCAGGGCAUCUCACGGUCGAGCUCUUCAAGUCCAAGCCUCUGUUCGACGGCAUGAGUCUCGCGGUGGGUGACACACUGACCCACACAUACAUUCCAUCACGCCACUCGAGCUGCAUGGAUGUCAUUCGCGUCCUUUCAGGAUGUCAUGGAUCUGCUGCAAGAGCCGGAGAUGUUGGCCGACUACAUCCGAGAAGCCAUGCAGGAGCUGUGUAGCGACAAGUCCGACCUGGGCGAUGGUGGCGUCGUGGCGUCUGUCGUCAGCUGGAUGCAGGUCCAACCUCAGGAUCGCCCGAAGGCGGCAUCGGUAAGUAAGACGAAGGAGGGCGGGCACACACACCCACUCGUCACCCGUUCUGUCUGUCUGUCUGUCUGUAUGUCUGUAUGUCUGUAUGUAUGUCGUAGGUGAAGGAGAGCUGUCCGUGGCUGAAGAAGCACUACUUCGAUAUCAGUCCGACGGCAUCAGCCUCGACCGCCCUCGACACACUCAUGUUCGGCGCCCACGAAGGAGCCCCCCCCCGCCAGCUCGACGUUGCC